AUGAGCUCUAUGGAUUUCCAAUCACUCUCAUGCUGGGCGAAGCCGGAGCUCCCAUGUGCGGCGUGCCGCCUUCUCCACCGCCGUUGCACCACAGACUGCAUGCUGGCGCCAUACUUUCCUUCAGACAACUCCGACAAAUUUGCCGUCGUGCACAAGGUGUUCGGGGCAACUAAUGUGAUCAAGAUGCUUCAUAGUUGCAUUGAAGAGCUACAAGAACAAAUUCAAGGCGCAGAGAGGUUACUGCUGGAGUCACAGGAGCAGAAAAACCAACUGCUGUGUUUUCUAAAUCAGCCGUUCGCUCCACCAUACGAGGAAAUGAGUGGCUGCGGUGGCGUCGAGAAUGGCUUAUUUGGAGAUAGCUUAAUGUUCAUGGAUCGUGCUUAUGGAUUUGACUCUGAUUAG